GGGGCCGAGUGGGAGCUGGAGCUGGAGUCGGAGCCGGCGGUUGCAGUGGAGGCGGUGAUGUCGGUGCAGGUUGUGUCAGCAGCGGCUACCCCCAAGGUGCCUGAGGUGGAGCUGAAGGAUCUGAGCCCCUCCGAGGCGGAGCCCCAGUUAGGACUGAGCACGGCGGCCGUGGGCGCCAUGGUACCCCCGGCGGGCGGCGGGGACCCAGAGGCUCCAGCUCCGGCUCCCGCAGCGGAGCGGCCCCCAGCCCCUGGCCCGGGCUCAGGGCCCACCGCGGCUCUCAGCCCCGCGGCCGGGAAGGUGCCUCAAGCGUCGGCCAUGAAGCGGAGUGACCCGCAUCACCAGCACCAGCGGCAUCGCGACGGCGGCGAGGCCCUGGUCAGCCCCGACGGCACGGUCACCGAGGCGCCGCGCACGGUCAAGAAGCAGAUCCAGUUUGCUGACCAGAAGCAGGAAUUCAACAAGCGUCCUACCAAAAUUGGGCGUCGAUCUCUGUCUCGUUCCAUCUCUCAGUCAUCUACUGACAGCUAUAGCUCAGCUGCUUCAUAUACAGAUAGCUCUGACGAUGAGACAUCCCCCAGGGACAAGCAGCAAAAGAACUCCAAGGGAAGUAGUGACUUCUGUGUCAAAAACAUCAAACAGGCGGAGUUUGGACGCAGAGAAAUCGAAAUUGCUGAACAAGAGAUGCCUGCCCUGAUGGCCCUAAGGAAGAGAGCCCAAGGAGAAAAGCCUUUGGCUGGAGCCAAAAUUGUGGGUUGUACACAUAUCACUGCUCAGACCGCUGUGCUGAUGGAGACUCUGGGUGCUCUGGGAGCACAGUGCAGGUGGGCUGCCUGCAACAUCUACUCCACGCUCAAUGAAGUGGCUGCUGCCCUAGCAGAAAGUGGAUUUCCGGUCUUUGCCUGGAAAGGAGAGUCAGAAGAUGACUUUUGGUGGUGCAUUGACAGAUGUGUGAAUGUGGAGGGCUGGCAGCCAAACAUGAUAUUGGAUGAUGGAGGAGAUCUUACUCACUGGAUUUACAAAAAGUAUCCCAACAUGUUUAAGAAAAUCAAAGGCAUAGUCGAGGAGAGUGUUACUGGAGUCCACAGGUUAUACCAGCUGUCCAAAGCAGGGAAGCUGUGUGUUCCAGCCAUGAACGUCAAUGACUCGGUCACUAAACAGAAAUUUGAUAACCUCUACUGUUGCCGUGAAUCUAUUCUUGAUGGGCUGAAAAGGACAACAGAUAUGAUGUUUGGUGGGAAGCAGGUGGUGGUCUGUGGCUAUGGAGAGGUGGGGAAGGGGUGCUGUGCUGCUCUGAAGGCCAUGGGUUCCAUUGUGUAUGUGACUGAGAUCGACCCCAUCUGUGCCCUGCAAGCCUGUAUGGAUGGAUUUCGACUGGUGAAGUUAAAUGAAGUCAUCCGACAAGUGGACAUUGUCAUUACUUGUACAGGUAACAAGAAUGUGGUAACCAGAGAGCACUUGGACCGUAUGAAGAAUAGCUGCAUCGUCUGUAACAUGGGACAUUCCAACACUGAGAUUGAUGUGGCAAGCCUGCGGACACCAGAACUGACCUGGGAGAGAGUAAGAUCUCAAGUUGACCAUGUGAUAUGGCCUGAUGGCAAGAGGAUAGUACUGCUGGCAGAGGGCCGCCUGCUGAACCUAAGCUGCUCCACAGUGCCUACAUUUGUUCUCUCGAUCACUGCUACCACUCAGGCUCUCGCCUUGAUAGAGCUUUACAACGCUCCUGAGGGUCGCUAUAAGCAAGAUGUGUACCUGCUGCCCAAGAAGAUGGAUGAGUAUGUGGCCAGCCUGCACCUGCCCACCUUCGAUGCCCACCUGACGGAGCUGACGGAUGAGCAGGCCAAGUACCUGGGACUCAACAAGAACGGACCCUUCAAGCCUAAUUACUACAGGUAUUAAGUUCCUGUAACGCAAGCCAGAAGAUGAUUUAAGGAAUAGAACCAAGCCUUUUCUCCACUAUUAUCCAAGGAAGAACCCAGCAAGCUGCUUCUCCAAUCAGAGCUCCCCGCCGUGCUCAUCCUAUAUGUUAGGUUAUUUAUUUAUUAAAAUCUAGAAUCCUGUGCCUGUAGCCUUGGCCCAGAGUGUGGUUACUACUCCUGGGGCCUGAGAGCCGCAGGGGACAGGCCGAGAAAGGGAAGAAAUGGGUAACCAUUCCUAGUGCAUCAUUCGCAUCCUUGCCCAUUGAUGGAACUCUCAGUGAUGGCCAUUUUUCUUUCCAGGCUCAGGAGUUAGUUCAGGGAUGCCAGACUCCUUCUUACUUAGGGUUUUCUGGAAUAAAUUUUCAGCAGCUGCCUUUCUCAAAACUUUGAUCCUUUCCCAGGUGAGGCCUUUUGGAAGCCACUGAAUUAACAGGGCCCGAAUUCUCAGUCUUGAUAGUUACUAUCACUGCCUUCUUUUAUAAAAAGGCUAGUGAAGUAGGAGUGUUAAGGUCUUAAGCUACACCAAGAGCUUAGCUGUGCCUGUGUCUGUGCCUACCGGGAUCUCUUUUCUUAACCAGAACUCUUUUCUGUCCCUAAAUAUUAUGUCCAUUUUAAUGCUUCCUGGUUCCAAGAGUAGUGUGCCUCCAUGAUCCUAAUACCUCUGCUGUUGGUCAGGCAUUUGUUUUGCUUUCUAACCCCACCAAACGCUGCUCAAGAAGUAGGGGAUCAGCUCCACUGGGACCCAGAGUUUUGCUUCCUUGUCAUUUAACUGGAUUGUUUCCUGGGAAGCCCUAUCUAGACUGGCACUUUUUCAGAAAAGGAGGCCUCACAUGGAUAGGGCUUCCUGAAACUCCUGCUGCUGUCUGAAACCACUUCUGGACUGAGUUGACAAAGAUGUUUGCUAGAGAUUUGGAAGCUUGAGACUUUGGAAUGGGAUCCAACUUGGCAUCCUAAAGAAGCAAGUCUGUUUUCCAGGAAAGACUUUACAGCCUGGCUGCAGAAGACAGGUGACUGUCAUCUGUAUCCAGAUGAUAGAAGCUAGUUUGAGGGCUGGGGGUAUAUAUAGCUCAGAGGUAAAGCACUUGCCUGGCAUGUACAAGGCUCUAGGCUCAGGCACUGGAUACUAGGGAAGGGGCGGGAGCUAACUUGAUCCUUAUCAGACAGACAUUCAUCCCCUUUGGCUGUUGCCAUUGUUGAAAGUGAGAUCUGCAAUCUGAUAUCUCCUCUUUCUUUGCUGCUGCUGUAUGUAUCUUUAUGAUCUGGCCUCUUCUGUUUAAGGAUUCUAUUUCAGAGAGUUUCUUAAGUAUUAUAAAAUAGCUAGUAAUGUAAACAGUGUGAAGUUUAUCAUUUCACCCAAGCUUUAAAUUUCCUUUGGAGAUGGACUUGGUUUCAAGGUUCCAUUGGGAUCAGUUGUUCUCAAAAAUGAAAACCUGGAGUAGCCCUAGGGAUCCUGGGUUAAGUGAGAUCCUCUCAUGCAUCGUGUUUUAGUCUCCUGUUUGUUUCCCAUGUGUUCCCUAUGUUCUGCUUCAGAGUCUCCAGACCAAGGCCAUUCAAACAGGAGACACACAGAAUCACUAAAGCCUUUAUCUAGAUCUUCUCCCCUGCCUCCACCAUCUCCACCAUCCCCUGGAAGCUGGUCUGGAAGUGUCCUUAUUGUUGAAGAUAGGGAAACAGAACUGGGGCAGGUAGCUGUCUGCCUUAUUAAAUGGUCUGCAGGCUCAGUCCAGGGCAUCAUCUGUAGCUAUAUUAUUUUUUAUAAGGACCAUAGAGGCUGAAGAUUCCACAAAGAUACUCAAUUCUGUUUGCCUCAUCCUGAUUUUUGUAUUAGCUAAUUGUUUCACUCUCCCACUACCACCUUUGUGUUGUUGUUGUUGGGGUUUGUUGUUGUUUUGAAAUAGUCUCACUCUCUAACCCUGCCUGGCCUCAAACUCAUGGCAGUCAUGCCUUGGCUUCCUGAGGCAUGUGCUACCAGGCCUGGCUGGCUCUUAAGUUAGAUCUCUUCAGCAAAAGAUUCAAAUAUCUGUGCCUCAUCUUACGUCCAGGGCAGAUUCCAUUAGGCAGGGAUCUGGACUUAACUUUUCGUAUUCACAGGCCCCAAAUCAUAACCUGCUGAUUUUCAGCAAAGCCUUGCUCUCUACAGAGCUUCCAGUGGCUGGUACGUACAGAGUACACUCUGUCAAACCAUAGUGAAGAGAUCCAUUACAAAUAGAAAGGGAGCCAGCCGCAUGGGUUUCUAAGUUAGGUGUACUGUGUCUGCCAUGGUAAGGUAGACCGCUGUGUCAUCAACCAUGAAAAGCAACCAGAAGUAGGGAUAUAAGUCAGUGGUGGAACACUGGAGCAGCCUGUGCCCGGCCUGGGUUGAAUCCCUGGUACAGGGGGCUUGUGGGGAACGUGGAAGAAAGAGAGAAGGUAGCUCAGGACUCCUAUCUAGGUUCUGUCCUGUUAAAACCAAAUCACUGUUCUCUCUAACCUAAGAAUCAGAGCAAAUCUCUUCUUAUUCCAACUCCUGCUCUUAGAUGCAUCCUAGCUACCAGGAGGCCAGGAAAAGAAGGCUGAUUAGCUCUAGGUACGUGGCCCUGAGUGGGGAUACGGAAUUGAUCCACAAGGAAAUGUGUGCUACUUCAAGGUCUUCUUGUUUCCUUUUUCCUGUUAAACAGAAUGCCUCUAGUCCUGUCCCUCUGCCUCCUCCUUCUCCCUCCCCACGUCCGAGAGAGCAUGGCUCCCUGUGGCCACACACUCCUGCAAAGCUUUUCUGCUGCUUGGCUUUUCUCUGAACAGAUCUGAAAUUGCUGCUCCUAUGGUUUCGUUAGAAUUAACUUCGUCAUGGUUUAAAAAAAAAAUCAGAGUGCAUUGUUGCAUUAAGCUUUUUUAAUAAAGGAAAAUUAUGGAAAGAAAAUAGGUAACACCAGCAAAUUAUAUAUUGACAAGUCUAAACUAUAUAUACUUAUAUAUAUAUAUAUAAAUACAUAUCUAUAUGAAUAAUCAUCUAGUUCUUCCUGUCAUCUCACUGAAAGGAGCAAGGCCUCCAAGGAUCACCAGUUCUGAGAAGCUCUUGGAAAUUUUAUGUCUAAGUGAUUGUAUUAGAUGAGCAAUAAUGACUAUGUAAUCUCAAAAAAUAAAUAAAAUAUUCUUA